AGAGAGGAUGGUCCGGCCAGGGUCGGCGGCAGAGGGUCGCGCGGGCGGGGGCAAUGCCUGGGACACAGGCCGGCCCUGGCAGGCACGGCGGGGAGGGGGCCCGCGGGGAGGAGACUGGGCUGGGGAGGGAGCCCUGUGUGCAGUCCUUCAACUCUUCCGUGCCAGGGGAAGGGGGACGGAGCAGGGGGGCCCCCUCUCGGGAAGCACACACGCUGCCUCCCAGAGGCCGGUCUUCUUCAGGAAGGAUUCGCUGGAAACUUUCGGAAAAACCGAGGGGUUCUUCAGUACCUCUCUAUUUGCUGCCUGGAGUCAGCGCGCCGCGAGUGCUCUUGGCUGCCGGCGCCUAGCCGCUGGCCUCGCCUCCUCUCGCGGGCCUCCAGGGUUUCCCUCUGCCCCCUUGCGGGGAUCCCCCUGUGCGCCCUGUUCGCGAUUUGGAAUAGGCCUCCCCACAAGCUAUUGGUUCCGCAAGGGUGUCCGGGCUCCCCCCUCUGGCCUGGGUUCACACUUCGCUUUCUGUUCCUGCUGGACCAAGCCCAACACUGUGGCUGAUGGAAGUGGGGACAGCUGGCACUGUCCCUGGAGAAGCGGUCUGAAGAGGCUCCUGGACUUCUGCAGGUCCGUGCAGAGGAUUUGGACCUGAUGUGGUGAAUAAAGGUGGUUCAUCUUUCUCAUAGUUCUGCCUUUAGGACAAAGAAUACAAAGCCUCCCACGACUGUAUUCGCUAACUCUCAGCCCAGGCCCGAUCUUCUACCAGCCAGUGAAUGGAGCCUCAUCUGUGCCCAGACCAGGUGCAACUCGGUGCCCUCCUGUGAUACUUCCAGCUCUCCAGCCCAGACCUCAUGGAGCAGUUUCCAGGUUAUGUCUCUAUAACACUAAACAUUCCCAGGUGUGGCAGACAAGCCACUAAUUUAGAAAAGAGGAGGAGAGAGGAGGAGAAAAUCAGAAAAGCCACUUUCUUGGUAAGGAGGCAUCAGCUUCCUCGCCAUGGUUAUUCCAUAACACAAGGAGACCUGGUCCAAGUUCAGAGGGGAAAGACCCCUGGGUGUUCACGGAAACCCUUUAAACACAGUGAGACCAAAUGUUAGCAGAUGGGGGAAUAAAAGGGAGAAAUUCCCCCCAUGAAGUAUGCCUGGAAUAGGCCUUGUAUCAUCCUCCCCUGGCCUGGGGACUUGAAGGGCCAGGCUCCCUGUCAUUUCCUCAUUCAAAUGUAGCCCAGGAAGCCGCUGCGCCGAUAGCACUGAUCACCUCCAAUCAAAUCCCCUGCACCUGCACAGACACACGGACUUGCACAAAACCCCUCCCUUACUAAAGAAAACCUAAUAACUUAUUUCUUCUCACUCCCAUUUUUGUCCACCGCCUUUAUCAAAAAGCUGGGAAAACUGCUCUUCAGACCCUUUCUGAGCCAGCUAUAUUCUGAAGGACAAAAACUUUACUUACUUGAGAGCAUUGCGUCUGCAAGGUGGGCUCACAUUAUCUUCAGCGUUCAGUUAAUGACGAGUUCAAGGAGACCGUUUAUUUUCUAACAGUUUUUGAUUUUGAAUUUUCUUUUUGCCCAACUUUGUGGAUUUGUUUGGUUUUUAACUCAUCACAUGAAUAUGACUAUAGACUGUUUUUUUCCUAAAGAACCACUGUCAGAUUCACAAUUGCCUUUUAAAAAAUGUCUUGGCUGGGCACGGUGGCUAACGCCAGUAAUCCCAGCACUUUGGGAGGCCAAGGCAGGUGGAUUACCUGAGGUCAGGAGUUCGAGACCAGCCUGGCCAAUAUGGUAAAACCCCAUCUCUACUAAAAUACAAAAAUUGGCCAGGCAUGGGUGGCACAAACCUGUAAUCUUAGCUACUUGGGAGGCUGAGGCAGGAGAUUCACUUAAACCUGGAAGGCGGAGAUUGCACCACUGCACUCCAGCCUGGGCAACAGGGCAAGACUCCGUCUCAAAAAAAAAAAAAAAAAAAUGUUGAGCCAUUGCAUACAUGAGGCAAAAUGCACACCGCUUAGGCAUUAACUCAAUGCCUCUGUGUAUACGUAUAUAUCCUCGUAGGUUCCAGACCAACACGUGGAACAUUUCCGGAUCUCCUGGACAUCUCGCCUGUGCCAACCCCUCACCAGGCAAUGAUUCCCCAGAAAUAGAGCCUCUUCCCAACCCUGUACCCUACAUGGUUGUUGCCUGUCCUUGAACCUCAGAUGAAGGGAGGCUACUUCUGCCCAUCUUUGUUUUUGUGGUGUCUGUCCACUGGGGUGUACAUAGCUGUAAAUGGUUCUUUUUCACACUGUGAAGGUAUAGAUUGUUUUUACCGAAUGCUUCAGUUCUCUUCCAAGUUUAGUGUAAGCCAAGAAUAAUCAAACCACUGCAUCUGGAUCAGAGAUAAAUGACCUCCCAAAUUGGCUAGUUUUAUAAGGCACUUCAGCUGAGAUUGAAACAGUCAUGGGCUGCUUCUUAAACCAGCUACACGGCAUAAGGAGGAGCCCAAGGGAAACUGCAGGCCAGCAGGUCCACUGGCAAACCUCAGGGGGCCAAGCUGUUCAAGAGAGCACAGAAGAAUUCCUGCAGUGUACAUUCAACUUUGUGGCAGCUAUGAACGGCAAAAGUCAGUACAACCCAUUUCCUGUGCACUCUUAUCAUCCCUUUUUCUUCUAAAUGAGAGGAAAGUAGAAUAGGAUCCAUCAGGAAAGAUUCACACCCAGGCCAUGACAAACUCAUGAAGGAUCCUGUUGAUCAAAUUCUUUUCUGCUGGGAGAAGAAGUACAAGGAGCUUGUUAGUAAUGUGCCUUUCCCAACCCUAUCCUGAGGAUGUGGGACUCAGGAGACCCAACAAUCUGCACCAUUACAAGGUCCCAGGAAUCCUUUCAUAUUAAAGUUUGACACCUGCUGUUUUCAGAGAAAGGGACAGAUGUAUUUUUGGUAAGUCCUGGAGGGCAAGUCUAAAAAGGAAAAAUAUACCACCCAGCUCCUAUUUGUCGAUGUUUUAAAUUGACUUGUUUUGGGUGUUUGGAAGAAAAAAGGGUAUGCAAACACAGCCUGUAGCUAUGUCUGUAUAUAUUUCCUUUUUCAUAUGAGUACUAUGUUUCUUAAAGACUCCUAUAAGAAAUAAUUCAGACCCACAUAAAUAAUAAAGAGAUUAAAAUUUUUAAUCCACAGAGGACAAACAUUAAGUAUUCACAAUUUGAGGAGGUUGUUCAUUCUAUCAAGAUCAUUCAGAAAACGUAUACAUGCCACUAAUUUAAUUUUGCCCUUGUAAGCUUGGACAGAUAAGGUGCUGAGUGUGGCAGAGGAGCGUGGGGCGAGCCCUGAAGGCUUAUUUUUGUUAACAUGCAAAUAUUAGACUUGGGAAUCCCAUGUUUUUAAUCAAGGCAAUAGAUCCAUAAAAUGUUUUAGCAUUUUUAAAUUUAAAAACUUCAUCCUGAUAGACCAUGAUAUAUAGUACAUCUUAAGUGAAUAAAUGAAGCUACAGUAUCGAUUUUAUAAUCCCACUUUUGUAAAGUUAAGCAAAAUCAUCUCUCUCUCUCUCUCUCUCUCUCUCUCUCUCCACACACACACACACACACACACACACACACACGCUGAUUACUUUGGGAUGUGGGAUUACAGGAUUUGGGUUGGGGAUCAGUGAAUGAAGAGGUACUUUCACUUUUUGUUUUACACUCUUCUAUACCUUUAAUAUUAUUUUUCUUCCAUCAAUAUGCCCUAUUUUCUUAAUUCAAAAAAAUUAAGAAAUA